AAAAUUUUGAGGAAAUCGAAUUGUAAAAAAAUAAGGAAUCUUUUCUUAAAAAAAAUCUUUUUUUUUUACUGACUUCAAAAUAGGAGCUCGUUUUCAUUUCGUCAUUUACAUUUCUAAUUGCAGACUUACCCCUUCGAAAGGGUUAAAUAGUUAUACUGGAAUAAUCGAAAUACUUUCUUAGCAAAAGUUUACUACUUUUUGGUGAGCUUUAAUUUACUGACCCACCCGAAUAGUGGUACGCAAGGUAAAUUAACUAAUUACAACAAUUGUGAAUCUAAAUCUACAUGGCGUUGCACAGGAGAGCUUAUAAACCUAAAAGCAUUACUUCAUUAAUGCGAAAAAUAAAUAAUAAAGAAGUCCAGUUUUUGAUGGUUGCGGUUCCUUAAUAGCGAUCAAAGAUUCUUCUUCCGUCAGAAAGUUUUUGUUAUUGUAACAGCAUAAAUGUUCCCCACACCAAUGGGAAAUACAACUGGAGCGAAAGUCCUUGGCCAGAUAUACAUGGAUCUGGACCGUUCCGGUUACGUAGGUCCGGCUGUCGUUGGAACGGACAUAUAGGAGGUCAUUUCAGAGCAAAAUUGUUCUAAAAGCCUGGAAAACCACUCGCACCUCUUCAAAAAUAGUGCCGACGUGGAAGUUGAGACCGAACUUCGUUACAAAAUGGAAUGAACUUGAAGUAAUGUGGGUGCCGGAACACUCUAGUAUUUAAAGUAACGGACUGGCUCAUGAAUUGAUGAACUGCGUAUCUUUGGAGCAUCCAAUAACAUCGGAGUCCAUCUUAGAGCCAUUUAUUAAAUUGACCAUCUGCCGUAUUUUUGGUUCAAAGUUUUGGCUUCAACAUAGGUCGAUUUGGAAUUUUAUCUCAGCAUAGAACCCGUUCGGUUUAUUCUUAGUACCUGUUGAGUACACAUUGUGAAUGUGGCCUUAAUUUCAAUGCUAUCUCACUCAGAUAAAUGUGUGGAACGCAGCUUCCUACUGCCUUUUUUAAUGCUAAAUGCCUUUGCCGCCUGCUUUAGUAGUCAACCUGUGUGCAGUUGACUAAAAAUAUUCAUCAUCUAGAAUUACAGCGAACGUCACAAUGAAUCACGCGACAUACCAUAGCGGAUAAAAAUUGAUUACAAAGCCACGUACAAUGAAAAAAAUUCAGCGCGUUAAAGGGAAACCUUCAAAGCAUUUCAAAACAAACCCAGGCAUUAUUGUUAUACUUUUAAUUUGUCUCUGCCUCGAUUUUUCUUGUUGUUGCUGCCAAGCGCGCAGAUAACUGAUUCACCUGUGCGAUUGUAAGCAAUAAGCCCUAACAAUGAAGAGUACACAAAAAAUUGCGAUAACCAAGUAUCGCGAUGAGGCAAGAACGAGUUCAUCAAACAAGCGAACAAGUGUCGAACAAGCUUUGUGUUAGAAAGCGCUGCGAUUUUUGGAAUACACCUGUGCACCUGUUUCCACCAACGUUCGCCAGCGCUAAUAGCAGUUUACGUUGGCCUAGUGUUAUACUACAUAUCUUAUCAGCUCUUGGAACGCUGGCGGUGGCUUAUCUUAUCAGCGUCACUUUGUUGUAGCUUUGUUUUCGCCACUGGCUUUGAGUACAACAACCAAACGAUCAUUACAAUCAAAUUAACAACAACGAAGCCAACAAAAUGGGUUUUGGCCGCCAGGAGAAUACGCUGGAGAAGCAAAUCGGUUGCGUGAAAUAUACACUAUUCUGUUUUAACAUUGUCGCAUGGAUGUUCGCCACCGCCUUGUUUGCGUUAAGCGUUUGGCUACGCGCCGAACAGGGUUUCAACAAUUGGCUGACCAUACUACAGGCACAAAUGUUUUACAUUGGCGUCUAUAUACUAAUAGGCUCCAGCAUUAUAAUGAUGGCUGUCUCAUUUUUGGGUUGUCUUAGCGCGCUAAUGGAGAAUGAACUAGCGUUGCUAGUCUUUAUGGGCACACAGAUUUUCGGUUUUCUCGCUGGUGUUGCGGGUUCGGCUGUGCUGCUUGACUUCAGUACAAUGCAUUCCAGCUUACAACCGCUGCUGAGGAAUUCGUUGACUCAGUAUGUUAGCACUUCAGAGUAUGCGCAAUCGCGUUAUAUACUCAAUAUGAUACAAAGUAAUAUUGGUUGUUGCGGCGCCACUGGCCCAUGGGAUUACUGGAAUUUGCAUCAACCACUACCAAAUUCAUGCCGCGAUACAGUGAGUGGUAAUUGCUUCUUCAAUGGUUGUGUUGACGAAUUGACCUGGUUCUUUGAGGGUAAGACCUCAUGGAUUGUGGCCGUGGCAUUGGCUUUGUCUUUGUUAAAUGUGAUUAGCGCUGUGCUGAGUUUAGUGUUGGUGCAAGCUGUUAAGAAGGAGGAAGACGAAGCACGUACCUACAGACAUUGAGAUGUUAGCCAGGAGUAGAAGAAUGGAUGAAGUAAGGGGAAGCAAUGGGAGUUGGUGUUUGAGUCGUAUAAGAAUAUGGACGCUGAUCUUUAAUGAGGAAGCAAGCGUUUGCUUGCAUUGAAUGACCCCAUAAAGUUCCGUUGGAAACCGACAAUUUUGAAAAUUUUACUUUUUUACUACCACAAAACCGCCGAAUGAACUUUUUACAUGCAUACACAUUUUCAUACAUAUUUAAUUUUUACAGUUAUCCAUUAGUGUUUUAAGAUUGUUUAACAAACAAGACAUUUACAAAUAAUUCUAAGCGCUCAAAUAGUUUUAAUGAAGUCAUAAAUAAUAAAUGUUUGUAUUUUCUUCUAUAAUUGGAAGAAAAUAGCAAAAAAGUAUUGAGAGAAUCGUUAUUAGUUUUUUUUUCUUUUGUACAAGUAAUAUAUUAAACUGAUCGUAUGUAUCUAAAAUAGCGUUCAAAACCAUGACAUACUGCAGAGAUUAAAGCUGAGCAGUGAUUAUGAAAAUUAAAAUU